AUGGCGCUGAAGUUGCUGACAGCUGCCACCAGCGGCACUGUGAAGGCAAUUUUCCGACCUACUGUUCUCUGCCAUCCUUGGGAGAUUUUACUUGGCUAUGAGACCUCUCUGAGGAGCAUCUCUUAUCGUCCUCGGUUACCCACGUAUGUUGGACAUCAGUUGGUUCCUCCAUCAGCCAAGUAUGGUGGGCGGCACACAGUGACUAUGAUUCCUGGGGAUGGCAUUGGGCCUGAACUUAUGUCGCAUGUGAAGUCUGUGUUCACACAUGCACGUGUGCCUGUGGAUUUUGAGGAGGUGCAGGUGGACUCCACUUGUUGUUUAGAGGACUUUCACAAUGCCAUUUUGUCCAUCCGUCGAAACUGUGUGGCACUGAAGGGCAACAUUGCAACUGACCAUAACCUGCGGUUGACUCAUACAUCUCUCAACAGCAUGCUUCGCACCUCCCUAGAUCUCUUCGCCAAUGUCAUCCAUUGUAAGAGUCUGCCAAGUGUGGUCACCCGGCACAACGAUGUAGACAUCAUUGUUAUUCGAGAAAGCACAGAGGGUGAGUACAACAACCUGGAGCAUGAGAGUGUGAAUGGCGUGGUAGAGACCCUAAAGAUCACUACAGAGACCAAGUCUUUGCGCAUUGCUGAAUAUGCCUUCCAGCUGGCACAGGAGAUAGGUCGCAAGAAAGUGACAGCUGUGCACAAGGCCAGCAUCAUGAAACUAACAGAUGGUCUCUUCCUUCAGUGCUGUGCUCGGGUGGCAUCACGCUAUCCUCAGAUCACCUUUGAAACCAUGACUGUGGACUACACCACCAUGCAGCUGGUAACCCGGCCCCAGCAGUUUGAUGUUAUGUUGAUGCCUAACCUUUACGGCAACGUUAUCCACAAUAUUUGCACAGGGUUGAUUGGGGGGGCAGGCCUUGUGCCAGGAGCCAACUAUGGCCAACUGUAUGCAGUGUUUGAGACAGGUACAAGGCAAACAGGCAAGUAUAUAGCCAAGAAGAAUGUUGCCAACCCUACUGCUAUGCUUCUGGCAAGUUGCAUUAUGCUGGAUUACCUUGAGCUCAACUCCUAUGCCACCUCCAUUCGCAAUGCGGUCUUGGCAUCCAUGGACAACAAAGAUAUCCAUACACCAGACAUUGGAGGAUGUGGUACCACAUCGGAAAUCAUUCAAGACAUCAUGAACCGCAUCCAGACCUAAAAUGCUUAGUGUCUUGGAGGCUAAGCUGUCCCCCAAACCUCCCUGUCCCAGUCUUUAGUCCCCUUCCUCCUAGCAACCCCUCCUAAUAACCCCUCCUAGCUUGGCUAGCGUGGACUCCAGAAUAAACCAGCUGCUGCCCCAAUUUGACAGGAUGGAGAGUGAAUAAAGACAUGCCUCGUUUAAAUUAGCCAAAUC